GUACCCAACUUAAUUUCAUCUAAAUUCGUUAGGCUUCUACGCUUAAUAUAUGCUUGCAACUCUUUUGUUUCAGAUUCGAAAUCGAAAGUUAAAGAAGUAAAUAUCAGGCUUGAUAAUGGAGAUUGAGACUCACGACUCAGUAGUACCUGGGAAGAAUCUGGUUAAAGUCGCGUUCAAACUUGGAACAGAGAGCUACACGGUUGAUGCAGUCCAAGGUGACACUGUUUUAGACCAAUUGGUUUCGAUGAAAGAGGAAAGUAUGAAGAUACUCAAGGAGUUUAUUACAAAGCAUAAUGUUCCUGAUCAUGUCCCUGAUGAAAGCUUGUCUGAUGAAGGAGAUGAGGAUGAUGCUGUCAAAUGUCCUGUGAAGCCCAAGAAGACAAAGAUUUGAUAUGGAUUAUGGACUUCCUGGCUCCUUUUAAAAUACCUUGUUUCAUUACUCAAACUGCUGUCUUUUUAUUUUCUCUAUGGAUUGCAUAUGUUAGCUGUCUGUUUUGUUUAUCUGAUGCACUCCAUAGGACAGGCGUUACUUGAUUUUUUACUGUAUGUUGGUGAUUGCAUUGCUUUUGAAGAGCAUAGCCAUUGAAUGCUUAUCGAGUUAUUG